CUGAGGAAGUUCGAAAACAUGAAUGUUAAAGUAAUACGCAGCAUUGCAGUAAUUUAAUGAAAUUACCUUAUAGUUACCUUAUAAUUGUUUAAAUAAGAGCAAAAUAAGAAGAGGAGAAGAUGAAUAGUUGUGGCAUGAGGUAUGGUGAUGAAGGAGUAUUUAUAGAUGGUAAAGUAAUAUCGAUAAGAUGAGAAUGAAAUAGUUGUGGUAGCAGGUGUCAAUAUUAUCAACUAAUUGCUAUUACAACUUGUUUUAAUUACAUAUUUCUCAUCCAUUCAAAAGCUUAUCAAUUGAUUGCUAUUUUAUGGUACAUAUAUUUAAUUUCUUCAGUUAAUUGAAUCUCUAUUAGUGUCUAAUUAUUGUAGAUGUUAAAUUUUAUUUACCCAGUGUUACUGAAAUUGCUCUUUCUUAAUUACCUUGUCUUUACCAUGUCCUUAUCUGUCUCAAUCACUUCAUUUAUAGGAACAAUUCCACCUAUGAAGAAGUAUUGAAAGAUGUUGUUCGGAACUUACCAAAGGAUGUUGCUUUUAUGGUGAUGGUCACUAGAAAAUGAAAUGACAAGUUUGGAUUGAAAAAUCCAGCAAUCAAAUCCGUUGAAAUGAUUUUGAUGGAUGAAAAGGUUACAAUUAUUUUUCUGUGUCAUAUACUACAAAUGGCUUUUUAUAUUUGCUCUAUUGUACACAUCUGCAUUUUCUUCAAAUCUAGUUUAUUGUUACAUUCCUAAUUGAAAUGUAACAAUCUAUUCAUUUUCAGUACACACUUUGACUACAUACAAUUGAUUAUUUUUUAGCAAAUCACUUGCAGAUUUUUUCAGUAAAUUGUGAUCACAAUACUGUCCUAUAGAGUAACUUGGGGGAAACCAAAAGUUUUAUCUUUUGUAGAACAAAAUGAAAAAUAUGUCCACAUUUUCUUGACACAAACAAGUUGCAUUACGACUUGAGAAAAAAUGUGGCCGGGAAAUACUGAUGCCCAAUAUGAUAAUAUUAUUUUGUUUAGUAUAGUAUUGAUAAAGUAUAUGGGCACGGACCCGGUGGCCCACAUACUCAGAAGACUAAUAAGAGGACAACUGACACCCAUGUGGUCCUUCAUCGACUUGGACCUCCUUCGUCCAGGAAGACCAGCUCACAAAAUACGGCCCGGAAGCCCAAGAGCAGAAGUUUGGUCCUCCAUCGGUCAGGCCCUCCAUCGGCCAGGCCCUUCUUCGGCCAAUGGGACUCCAACAAACUAUAAUUUGUACUUAGCUCUAUAAAUCAUGUAUUCGGCCCAUUAGAGGUCUAAUUUUGUAUCGGGCCUCCCGGACCCGAGUCUUGGGACCCAAACCCACAUUUUCCCUAUAAAAUAGCCCCCUAGGGGUUGUUAUGGGGGUUGUGAAAUAUUAAUUACCAGCACUUUCUCUUUCUAGCUCUCCCUUCUUUGUAGAUAUAUACUCUAUCAAGUAUAUUUUUAAGUUUAAAAAAAACUGUCCAUUGAAAAAUUGGUAUUCUUGGUUCAUUUGGACAUGAAUAUUUUCUUUAGUUUUUUUAGUAAAGGAGUAUGCUUUUUUGAUCAUUCAAACUCUGAACCUUUACAAUUUUUACAUACACUCUUGCUGACUUUUUAUACAUUUGUGUUUUACCUUUUAACUUUAUUCAUUUUAAUCUUAAUUUGUUUAGUGAUUGUCUGAUUGAUGGUUUUAAAGGUAAUUUAAGUACCAAUUCAUUAUUAAUGCUUUUACUAGCGUGUGACAAUUCAAGCCACAAUUUCAAUACAACUUAUUCGUCAAUUCGAAUAUGUUCAAGAAGGAUUGAUUUAUGUUAUCGCGCACCUAAAUGUGAAGGAUAACGAAGGAAAAUAUAGACUCACUGGUCAUUCAUACCGCUUUGAGUUUACUCUGUACCCAAAUUAAAGUACCGAGAACAAACAAGCGGUCUUAGUUUUCCGCCAUCUAGGUUCAUAUUUUCCAGCUUCGCGGAUAUUCAGAAGCUGCAAAGCAGUUAAGAUCCUUAUUUGAUAGGUACUUUUUUCAAUUAAAACACAUACUAUUCGUAUAUGCAGUUGUGGUUUUGUUUCCUUAUUAUUGGUGCUUAUGAUCUGGCUCAAAAAUUAUAAAGCAGUAAACAAAGAAAGGUGAUUGGUAUGCUGAUUUCCGUUUGACAAACUUGGAGUUAAGUUUCCUUUAAACUAUCUCUUGCCUAUUAUAUAUGAAUUAUGAAUUAUUUAUCGUAAUAUUUAAAUUUCUUGUUAUACUUACGCUUUGAUUGUACUAUUGUGCAGGGGCGAGAGUGUGUUAUGUUGUACUGUGUACGGUGAAUAUGUGCUUCAAGUAUUUGACUUCAAGACAAACCACCAAGUGUAUUCCAAGCCAAACAACUUCAUCUUGUGUUACUCUGAGAGAUGACAUUACUGAUGUCGGGUUUACCAUGUCUCUUUCUGAUUUAGAGACAGCUAAAGAGGUUAAGUGUUGAUGGUUUUACGCUCAGAUUGAUUCAACCCUCUCAGUAAAGAAUUGGGCUUAUUUGGGAUGCAAUGCCAAGACUUGCUUUAAAAAGUUGAAAUAUUAGGGAGCGUCACUUUACUGCUACAAGUCUACAACUGUCGAGAGGUGAAACAGGCAGGUAUUUGGAGAUGCAUGUUGAAAUUGAGUGUCAAACAUGGUAACCGUUUUGCUGAAGUAGUCAUGUGAGAUGAGGUGUCAUGUAAGCUGAUCGAGAAAGCAACAAAUGAACCAAAUGACUGUCUUAACAUGGUAAAUUGUUCAUUUAUAAUGUUGGUUCAUUUUUCUCUGGCAUUAACAUUAUGACCAUGUGAUAACAUUAAUCAUUUUCUUCUUUUAUGCAAGACACUUUAUCAACUUCUGACGUUCACAAUGGUAUAUCUUGGAUCUCAUUGAUUGAGAAUUGAU